UCAAAGAACUAAACCAAAGUCUGUUUACCAGUAAUAUCAAUCGAUCGCCAUUUUUUCUACAUUUCUCUUCUCUCUCUCUCUCUCUCUCUCAGGCUGUUCUAGAGUUUCUUCUUAUCUCCUUUCUCCGACCAAAACUUCGAUUUAUUUCUUUUCUUUCUACUGUCAGAGAGUAACCAUGGAUGCCGUGACGGCGAGUUUGGUUCGUUCUCCCGUCUUACCACCUAGAACUUCCGACAACAGUUCUGGAUCUAUGUUCCUUACGGCCAGUGGCCCUGGGUUCACCCGUUCUGGUUCAAGACUUCAACUUCGUUUCAGGCAAAACGCGUUGCAAAACUUAACAACGACUGCUAAAACUCGGAGGAGUUUUGUGGUUAGAGCUUCAGCGUCUAGUGAUGCUGCUUCCUCUGGUUCUCCUCCCAAACCGAUCGCCCCGCUUCAGCUGGAGUCGCCUGCUGGUCAGUUUCUGUCUCAGAUUUUGGUGACCCAUCCUCAUCUUGUGCCUGCAGCUGUUGAACAGCAGCUUGAGCAGCUCCAAACUGAUCGGGACUCUGAAGGACAGAACAAAGAUGCAUCGUCCGUACCUGGAACUGACAUCGUUCUUUACAGGAGGAUUGCUGAGGUGAAGGAAAACGAGAGAAAAAGGACAUUGGAAGAGAUUUUGUACGCAUUGGUGGUUCAAAAGUUCAUGGAAGCGAACGUAUCACUUGUACCAUCAGUAACCCCAUCUUCUGAUCCUUCUGGUCGGGUUGAUACCUGGCCAACAAAAGUAGAGAAACUUGAGCAGCUUCACUCCCCCGAGAUGUACGAGAUGAUUCACAACCAUUUGGCCCUGAUUCUUGGGAGCAGAAUAGGUGAUCUGGCCUCUGUUGCACGGAUAAGCAAGCUCAGAGUUGGACAAGUUUAUGCUGCUUCUGUGAUGUAUGGAUAUUUCUUGAAGAGGGUGGACCAAAGGUUUCAGCUUGAAAAAACCAUGAAGAUUCUGCCAGGUGGGCUGGAUGAAAGUAACGCAAGCGUUGAUCAAACAGAGGGGCCUAAGACAUAUCAGGCUGUAUCCUCUCACCCAGAGGUUGGUUCAUUUGCGGGCGGAGUUAGCGCUAAGGGCUUUGGCAGCGAGAUUAAACCAUCCCGGUUAAGGUCAUAUGUGAUGUCGUUUGACGCAGAGACGCUUCAGAAGUACGCCACUAUAAGAUCAAGAGAAGCAGUUAAAAUCAUUGAGAAGCACACAGAGGCAUUGUUUGGUAAGCCUGAGAUCGUAUUAACACCGGAAGGCACGGUCGAUUCAUCCAAGGACGAACAGAUAAAUAUCAGCUUUGGUGGGAUGAAGAGGCUUGUCUUGGAGGCUGUGACUUUCGGAUCGUUCCUUUGGGACGUAGAGAGCCAUGUGGAUGCAAGGUACCAGUUUGUAUUGAACUAAAAAAAUUGGUGUGUAAUGGCAAUUGACUAACUUAUGUAACAUUAAGAAGAUACCCAUUAAGGGUAUCAUUACAGUUGUAUCAAAAUCAGAGGAAAAAGACCGUACAUUUUAUAUGA